CUGCCUAACUUACGCAACGAUAUAUCCUCACGUCCAUACCAACUAACCUCAGUGAUCUGAAUUUUUUGUGUUCAUUUCACAGAUGAAAGAGCUCAGUAUCAUAGACAACCAAGCAACGGAGAAGUAUCUGCGCAUAGCAUCAAUCUCCAUCGCAUUAUACGAUUAUAUCAUCACCCUCCCCGCAGAAUGGCGGUUUUACCGAAGCCAAUCCUCAUUUUCUCAUCUCCGUAUCACAGUCAUGACAAUCAGUAAUUACGGUGUCUUCUCUACCGGCUUCACUCAAGAAACGUGUAAAAAUUACUAUAUGAUUGCGCCCUGUUUUAAAGUUAUACAGACUAUGAUAUCACAAGUCAUUCUAGGUGUCAGGACAUUCAAUAUCGCAAGGAGGGAUAGGCAGAUAGGAAUUGCAUUGGUCGUGCUAUACUUUGUCUCAAUUGCACUGGAGUGGUUCACCAAUAUGUUUGACCGCAUACGAAAUUCUGGUAGAAUACUAUCGGCAUGGUUCUUCUACACCGCUGCGAUGUUAUAUGACCUCGCAGUCUUAACCAUCUCCACCGUAUAUCUUCUGCGGUACAAUCCUCUCAAUAGCAGGCUAGAACAGCUGGUACGGGUCUUGAUCUAUGACGGCAUUGGAUAUUUUGUUGUGCUGACAGGUCGGUACGCUCUACUUAGUUGCUCAAAGGGCAUCACUAGGGCAUCAAUAGGUUUUGCUGUAAUAUGGAUUAUGAGCCAACGGAUCCUCAUCCAUCUACGAGAGCUAUCAGAAACAGAAACCCGACGUUCAGAAAACAUAGCCGCCAUGCGUUCCCCACAAAACGCCCGGGAUGCAGCAUCCGCCAUCCGUUCUCCGCUCACCGCUAAAAGCCACACUGAUCCCGAAUCCGGACUCAACGAUGCGCACACCGAUGACAUGGAACUCGACAUCUGUACAUGCGUCAAGCCCACGGUGACGUUGGACCACACGGAUGAAUGCGGGCUUUCUAGUUCAUGGGGUGCCCCGCUGGUGAAAUGAAUCUGGGCGCGGUGCUAUGAUAUCAUUUAGGCAAUAUAUGCACCAUAUGUAGCAUGCAAAGUGUCCGAAAGGCGGACUGUUUAAUAACAUAUCCGCAAAGGUCGGGACAAAUGGCUUGUGG